AAGCGCACGGUCCUACCGCCGCGCAUGCGUGUGAUGUCCACCGACCGUGGCAUGCAUCAGUGUUGUAUUUGAGCUCAGGCCGAAGGAACUGAGGCAGUUUUCAGUUGCGCCUCAGACAUGGACGGGACAGAGAGGAGUCGGAAGAGCUGCGCUGCUUCGCAGGCUGAGCCGGAUGAGGCGCAACAGCCCAUGAUGGAACUCAAUGGAAAGGAGAAGACUGACUCGCCGUCAGAUAGAGUCACGCUUAAAAAAGAAAUCGGACUCCUCAGCGCAUGUGCCAUUAUUAUUGGUAACAUCAUUGGCUCGGGGAUCUUCAUCUCUCCCAAGGGGGUUUUGGAGCAUGCUGGUUCGGUGGGCCUGUCGCUCAUCGUAUGGGUGUGUGGAGGGGGUAUCUGCGCCCUGGGUUCCAUGUGUUACGCUGAGCUGGGGGUCACCAUCCCCAAGUCAGGGGGAGACUACUCCUACGUCACAGAGAUAUUCGGAGGUCUGGUGGGGUUCCUGCUCCUAUGGAGUGCGGUUCUCAUCAUGUACCCCACCACCCUGGCUGUCAUAGCUCUCACCUUCUCCAACUAUGUGCUGCAGCCGGCCUUCCAGAACUGUGUUCCCCCAUACCUGGCCACCAGGCUUCUCUCCACCAUCUGCAUAUUGUUCCUGACAUGGGUGAACUGUUCCAGUGUUCGCUGGGCCACUAGGAUCCAGGAUGUGUUCACAGUGGGGAAGCUGCUGGCCCUGGGACUCAUCAUAAUGGUGGGACUGGUGCAGAUCUGCAGAG